UACAUAACACGGAACCAUCGGCCUCAGCAUCAAACCUACCCAAGUUUCCAGACAAAUCUGGAUUGAGAAAUCGCCAAAGGAUUCUUCAAUGCGCUUGCUAACAGAUCAGAUGUGGCCUAAUGGUAGCACCUGGCCAACAACGCUAUUGUGAUGAUCAUUAUCAUGAUUAAAAGAAUUGUUUUCUUGUCCUGAAUGCCAACUACCUUUGGCUUGACGAUUUUUUUUGUUGUUCACGCUUUACGCAUCUCUGAAUAAUUUCCAUUUUCGAUCCGUCACACACGGUUGUUUGAGUGGGGGAAAACGCCGAAAAAUCUCUUCAAGCUCUAUACUCUCUCCCAGUAAAUCUAACACUAUGUAGAUGGAUGUUGCUCGUAGAUUCAAGAUCAGGGGGAAUUACUUUAUUCCCGAGUGUUCAACCGUCCGAUUCCGAAGUCGGCUGCUCAGCAGGACGACUGCGUUGUCGAAGUUCGUCGAUGCAGUUUCUCCAAGUCCAGUGAUCCGUGCUCGAAAUGUGUUCAGUCGUGAUCGCCACAGGAACCAAUAAAGAUCGUCAACCAUCUUGUACAUGCAAAGUCCCCAACGAACCCGGCCUGAAAGUGAGCCAUGUGUCCGAGCUUUGAGGGAUUCUAACGUCCAAAAACCGUCCAACGAACGUCGUACGUACAGUACUUCAUUGUGAGGCUCGAAUUCAAAUUCAUGCGACCGUUCACUUUCGUUUACCAACACUAUUAAGUCCAUAUGGUCUAGAAACUCAAACCCAAAUCACUUGGACAGCAAGGUGCAACAAACUGACCACGAACGAACCACUGAUUGAAAUCCAGGCGUGGUAUUCCGAAAUCCAAGGGAUUGGUAUAGUCAGGGAUUCAAGCCCAGUUUGAAUCAGUGGACAUCAGCUUGUGAGGAAUCUCUCGUUCUUAGACUUGAAGAAGCGCCAUGAUGAGGGAUAAUUUUGGCCAUCACCUCGCCGUGCAAUACGAGAAAUUGGACAUGAGGAUCGGCAGCCAGACCCUCGUCUAGGAUUUCCAAACUCUUUUCUACAAACACUGAACGUCGAAGAGUCUGCUGGUUUUGUGCUCGUUGGGCAAUGACGCAAAUCGCGUGAUUUGCGUAUGCCUUAACUAGUCGGCACAGGAUUGUCAGUGAGUCUAAAUUCAUCCUCCGGCUGUAUCACUUCAUCCGGAUCAAAUUAUGUCCAUCGACUGAUUCACAGGAGCAAUUAUCGUCAAAUUCAUGGUGCGCUACAACUACAACUACAUAUUGGCGGUUGCAUGCAUGUUUAGUGACCUGUGAAUUUCUGCCUAAUAGCCAUCAGCGUCGUCAUCUAUCCAUCUAUCCAUCCAUCCAUCUUUGGCUUACGGUAUAUUGAUCCACCUUUGCGAAUAUUGUGUCAUUCUACUCGGUGCUGUGGAGCUUUACAGUGAUCAAAUCCCUUGUCAUUGGCCAAGAUGAAUCUCAAGCGGAACAAUGUUUGGUUCGAACUUGGAAAACCGACGACAGUUUUCCUCUUUAUUGCGAAUAUUCUGGUCCGAUUCACCAAUGCUCAACCCAUUCACGAAGUCCAUACCAAAAAUAUCACACCUAGCCAAUCGUCUCCUCCUCAAUUCACCAUAGAGCCUCUCGAUGGGAAUCAGAAUCCAGAGACCGUCCUCCCUUCUCCGCGAGAUCCUCUGAGAAGCUUUGGACGUUUUCGACAAGGCUCCAUUGGAAAACUUCAGGAUUGGACGUUGGAGCCCAAGACCACAGCCAGUUCGGAUUGGUCCCGAGGGCAAGCUCGAAGGCCCCCUUUGAAAAGUGUGGCACCAGAUUUGUCCCGAACUUGGAUAUGGGAAGAGUCACAGAUCGAAGACAACUUAAUAGACAAAUCUGAUCCUUUCAUUCUUUAGGUCUUUUUAAUAUGUCAGUAAAACCUUUGUCAAAUAGUUCAUUGGAAAAAACGAUAACUCAAUAAAUUGGACUUAUAAUGUGUAUGCG